UGCCCCCGCUCCCUCAUCCCCAGCCUGGGCACUGCUACCCCCUCUCCCCAGUCGCCUCCAUCCCUGCCCUGGACCCUCCUUCCCCAGGGGCUGAGAAGGAUCCCGAGCAUCCAUGCAGAUCUCAGUCUCCAUGGCAACCCUAUGCAGGAGCUCCCAGGGCUGGAUGCCAGGCAGCAGCCACGGCCCAGUCCGGCUCUGUCUCUGCCCUGCCCCCUUCUCCCCCUGCCCCUCCCUUCACCAUCUCCCUUCCUCCUCCCCCCUCACUUUGUGUCAGCUGCGCCCCUUCUCCAGAGGCAGACAUGGCAUCCAAGAGAUGCAGCAAGACCAGCAUGAAAAACAUGGAGCGGGAGCUGAUCUGCCCUGUCUGCAAGGAGAUGUACAAGCAGCCACUGGCCCUGCCCUGCAUGCACAACGUCUGCCACAUCUGUGCCAGUGAGAUCCUCGUGCAGCAUGGCUACAUCUGCUGCGACCCCAGUUCGGAGCCCACCUCUCCUGCCUCCACGCCGGCCACCCGCAGUCCCCGCAUGGGCCGCAGGGUUGUCCCCAAACCCGACCGCCUGGAUCGGCUGCUCAAGUCAGGAUUUGGCACCUACCCGGGCCGGAAGCGGGGGGCCAUGCAUCCCCAGACCGUCAGCUUCCUGUGCCCGGCCUGCCAGCAGGACGUGGACCUGGGUGAGCGGGGCCUGGGCAAUCUGUUCCGGAACCUGACGCUGGAACGGAUCGUGGAGCGGUACCGCCAGACCAUCAACAUCAGCACCGCCAUCAUGUGCCAGUUCUGCAAACCCCCCCAGCUGGAGGCCACCAAGGGCUGCACCGAGUGCAAGUCGAGCUUCUGUAAUGAGUGCUUCAAACUCUACCACCCCUGGGGCACCCAGAAGGCCCAGCACGAGCCCACGCCGCCCACCCUCACCUUCCGGCCCAAGGGUCUGAUGUGUCCAGAGCACAAGGAGGAGGUGACUCACUACUGCAAGACCUGCCAGCGGCUGGUGUGCCAGUUGUGCCGCAUACGCCGUGCUCACACCAGCCACAAGGUCACACCUGUGCUCAGUGCCUACCAGGCACUGCGGGAGAAGCUGACGAAGAGCCUUGCCUACAUCCUGAGCAGCCAGGACACUGUGCAGUUGCAAAUUGCAGAGCUGGAGGAGACGGUGAAGCACACUGAGGUGAAUGGGUCCCAGGCCAAGGAGGAGGUUUCCCAACUGAUACGGGGCCUGUGCACGGUGCUGGAGGAGAAGCAGGCGGCCCUGCUGCAGGCCAUCCAGGAGUCCCAGCAGGAGCGGCUGGCCAGCCUGCACCACCAGGUCCAGGAGCACCGGGCCAUGCUGGAGAAUUCGGGCAUGGUGGGCUACACCCAGGAGGUGCUGAAGGAGACUGACCACCCCUGCUUUGUCCAGGCAGCCAAGCAGCUGCACAGCAGGAUGGUCAGGGCCACAGACUCGCUGCAGAGCUUCCGGCCUGCUGCUACUUCGUCCUUCAGCCGCUUCCAGCUGGACCUCAGCCGAGAGAUGAAGCUGCUCACAGACCUGACCUUUAUCAAAGCCCCUGAGGCGCCGGUGAUCGACACGCAGCGCACCUACGCCUACGACCAGAUCUUCCUGUGCUGGCGCCUGCCCCAGCACUCGCCGCCCGCCUGGCACUUCACCGUGGAGUACCGCAAGAGCGACACCAAGGCCAAGGCACUCAAGCUGUGGCAGCGUUGCGAGGAGGUGCGGGGCACCAGCGCCCUGGUGGAGUACCUGGACACGGACAGCGUCUACGUGCUGAGAGUCAAGGGCUGUAACAAGGCCGGCUUCGGGGAGUACAGCGAAGACAUCUACCUGCACACGCCGCCCGCACCAGUCCUGAACUUCUUCCUCGACAACCGCUGGGGCUUCAACCGGGAGCGCCUGGCCAUCAGUAAGGACCAGCGGGCCGUGCGCAGCGUGCCUGGCCUGCCCAUGCUCUUUGCCGCCGAGCGCCUCAUGACCAGCUGCCACCUCUCCAUUGACCUGCUCAUUGGCGACGUGGCCAUCACACAGGGCCGGAGUUACUGGGCCUGCUGCGUGGACCCCAGCUCCUAUCUGGUCAAGGUGGGCGUGGGGCUGGAGAGCAAGCUGCAGGAAUGGUUCCAGGUGCCGCAGGAUGUGGUGAGCCCCAGGUACGACCCAGACAGCGGGCACGACAGUGGGGCGGAGGACGCCACCGUGGACGUGCCUCCCCCAUACGCCUUCCUGACCAUUGGUAUGGGCAAGAUCCUGCUGUCCCACGGCUCGGCCCUCACCUCCCGCGACCCCAGCGGCUGCACCAUCCCCCUGCCCCCCCGCAUCGGCAUCUGCCUGGACUACGAGCGGGGCAAGGUGACCUUCUACGACGCCGUCUCCUUCCGCGGCCUGUGGGAGUGCGGCGUGGACUGCUCAGGCCCCGUCUGCCCAGCCUUCUGCUUCAUCGGGGGCGGGGCCCUGCAGCUGCAGGAGCUGGUGGCCACCAAGCAGGAGCGCAAAGUGACCAUCGGGGGCCUCUCCAAGCUGGACUGAGCCGGCCCCUGGCACACACCGCCCAGGGCUCGACCUUGGGCCAGCUGCCGGCAGUGGGAUUGUGUGCCCCGGACAUCGCCGAGGGGAGCCGCCUGAGCCCUGCCCUCUGACUGGCGAGGGACUUCGACUCUGGGGAGCGCUGAGCUCCAGCCUGCAAGAUUAACAAGGGGGCCACAGAGCUGGGGAGGAGAGCGAGGAUCUGACAUGGGGCCAGGCCUCAGCCCCUGGGCCCAGAGUGCAGGCUGCAGUGACAGCAGAAGGGCAGCGUAGGGCAGACCCCUGCCAGCGUGGGACCCAGCCUGAGCUGAGGCUUCGGGAGCCAGGAGAGCCCGGCUCUUCUCCCCCGCAUCUCCAUGCUAGGCUUGUGAAUCCUUCCUGUUCUGUUGGAUUGUGGGGGGUGGGUUUGGGCCAAGCUGCUCCCCUUCACUCUCCCCACAAAAUACCCUCUCCUCUUCCCCCCCCAGCUCCUCCCCGCAGCCUGCCAACGUUUAACCUGGGAGUCUGAGCUGUGUGUGCUGAGGACACUGGGCAGAGCCUGGCAGUGCCCCAGAACCAGCCCCCAUCCUGCCAGGGCCUGGGUGGGUGUCACGUUCCUGAGAUCCUCCCUCCACAUGGACCAGGGAGCAGCAGCCAACCGCUGUGCCUGGGCCUGAGAGGGGGAGCUGGGGAGCUGCCUGAGCCUGUGGUGGGGGCAGGCUGGGCCCCGGGCUGGGGAAGGUUGGGCUGGGUGGGGCAGAGGGUGUUUUAAAGGCUAAUCAUUGACCCAGCCAGUCCAGCUGCUGCCCAGAGCCAGGGCUCAUCCUGCCCCCUGCAGCUGGGCUCAUCCUGCCGCUCCCUCAGCGCGGAUCUGCAGGGGCAGUGGGGAUGGGAGAUGGCAGAGGGGUGCAGAGAGCCCCUCUCCCUGAGAGGCACCAGGCUGCAAAACGAAGCUCCCUCCCCAGGCUGGGGCCUGCUGGAAUGUCCCGUCAUGUGCACAGGAGGAUGGGAGAGCACAGAGGGGUCUCACCCCGACCCCCAGGCUCCCAUGCAGGGAGCUCCCCAUGUGGGCCAAGCCCUGCCCUGCUGCACCUGUCCCAUGAUGCUUCUAUGGCACCAGCAUGAAGUGCACCUGGCACGUCCCUGCCCGCUGUGCCAGCAUCCUGCACACACCUCCUUCCCAGGGGGCAGGGGAGAGCCUAGUGCAGCUUCACCUCCACAAACAGCAAAGCGCCAAGGAGCAAAUCCACCGACUUUUAUCCUUCCACAGCCUGUGCUAUGGGCAGGGGGCAGGUGCUGGGCUGGCUGGGGCUGUGUGACGAACUGGGAAUGUUCUUAAUGUUUGCUCUGAA